AAGAAUUUUUGGAGGAGAAGGCGAGCAUGAAAAACUCUAACUCUAACAGGCCGAGGAGAAAGAAGCAGGCCACUCCAGCAACAGAGAGCAGUCAAAGAGGCCCUGUACCAUUAAAAUGGCUACUACUAAUCGGAGCAAUAGUCUGUAUUGGGGCUGUGUUCUAUCGCUCCGUUAUUUUAGUAGAUUACACUGGACCAAAGUUUGCUGACUCCGAGAGAGGAGCACAGAAGCGCUCGAGAGAAGAGAAAGCUUCUUCGAGCCCCUCACCUUCCCCAUACUCUGAUACGGCCACCAGGGAAAGAACUCAGACCAUAGACGAGUCUACACUGACACACGGGACUUCAACAUGUGAAGAGUUGACAGAGGGCGCUCAGAAAUUACUACAGUCCUCAAAAGAAAGGGAUCUGGAGCUAGCGCUAGAUAUGCUGGCGACGUGCAUCUUAAAAGAAGAGUCUAAUGCAGGAGCAAGGUGGAAUCUUGCCGCAGCCCUCCUAGAAGCUGAUCGAACGUCCGAAGCUCUUAACUUCAUUGAUCAAGCAUUAACUCUUGACCCUAUGAACACACGAUAUUUAUACGAAGGAGGUAUGGUCAUGUCAAGACUUAAUUUAAAUGACAAGGCCAUCAAAUGCUGGGAGAGUUAUCUAGAGAUUGUCCUAAGUGUCCCGAACUGGGAGGCGUUAUUAGCGACCAUUUCAAAUCAGCGUGAGGACGAAUGGGAGUUUUUGAAGGAAAUCGAGAACGCCGAAGAGUUUUUAGAAAGUCUUUUAAACACUUACCUGAGACACCACUCGUUUGUAAAAUCCUCUUAUCUCUACCGUGUUCUCAUUGGUCUACGAGGUUUAGAGUCCUCUCAUCAACUAAUAGGACGUUAUGCCUUUUACGCCUUCAGUAUCGGAGACCUUGCAAACGGCAUUGGGUACCUUCAAUACCUCACGGAGCAGAACUAUGUGUCAGUCGGCUAUGGAUCCAUCGACAGAGCCAGGGAAGUGAUUACGGCCCAUGCCCUAAGACUCCUAACUGGUGGCAUAGACGCAAAUAUUGUUGGAAUCACAAGGAAUAUUUUAAUCGCCGGACAAGCAGCUUGGGACGAGCUAGUGUAUCAUUGCGACGCUAAAGGGAAGGACUUGGAUUUUAGUUCUAACGUGUCUCUGGUACUCAUUAGGGACGCCAUUGCUCAGUGUUUUAUAUCACAAGAGCUCGUGGUGAAACUAAUGGAGAGAGGAGCAGCUGUACAUGCUGAGAAUAUGUUUGGAUGGACGCCAUUAUUACAAGUUAUACCAUUAGACAAUCCAACCGUAUUUCACCAAAUACUAAAAGCUAGGGCUGAUCCUCAUGCAAGAACAGCCAUAGGCCUCACUGGCUUGCAUAUAGCAGCAAUCAAAGGAAGCAAAAAUGUCGUACUACCAUUACUACAAGCUGGUUUAAAAGCAAACACAAAAGAUGCUAUGAAUAGAACUGCCAUGGACCUGGCUUGUCUACAUCGUUGGUAUGCCGAUGAAUUCGCUUCUGCCCUCCAAAUCUCGAAACCUUACGGCUGCCCGGUAAAACCGCAAUACCUCCCUCCGUUAAAAAGCGGGUUUAAGCCGGGUGGGUGGUUAAAGAGCAGUAUAAAGCUACCUAAGAGACUCACGACUGAAGGAUGUGAUAUUGAUGUGAUUGGUUAUAAUGCAAGGACAGAGGAACUGAUUGCUGACUAUAUGAGUAUAUCCCUUCCUGUAUUGAUACGUAAUGCUUCAAACAGUCACGUUAUGAGUAGACUCUUCCACAUGUGGCAGAGAAACAAGAUGGAGAGAGAGUAUGGAGACACUGUAGUUAAUGAGGUACUAGUCCCGUACGCUGAGGCUUUCGGUUAUAACGAGACGUUACGAACGACACUGAGAUCUUUCUUGGUUAAGAUGGCCGCUAAUAGUGAAGAGCAGGCUCAGGCUCGCGACGUGAUGGAUCUUUUGCCGCCUUCGUACGUGUUUCAGACCCUCCCGGAAACCUCUCCGAUUUUGGAACAUUUUAAAAUUCCGUCUGUUCUAGACCCAUCGCAAACCGAAAUAACGACUGAUAAAAUCCAAUUCUACGUGGGCGGAACUCUCUCUGGGGCUCCGCCCCAUUUUCACAGGACCGCAUGGAAUUUUUUGGUCUAUGGGAAGAAAAGAUGGUUCAUUUUUCCUCCGAAGGAUGCUUUCUACUCCAAGGAACACGUUUGGGACUGGUGGAGAGAUAGGUACCAGAAUGAAAACGGAAAGAGAGCAUGGGAAUGCGUCCAGUAUCCUGGGGAUCUGAUGGUACUUCCAGACAUGUGGGGCCAUGCCGUCAUUAAUUUGCAGGAGAGUGUGGGCGUGGCUUCGGAGUUUGUGUAUGGAUCCAGUGAAUUUUCGUUAUAAAAUUAUUAUUAUUAUUAUAUAGUUAUUUUUAAAAUUAUUCUUAUUAUGGUAUGAUUGCAGUUUAUUACAGGCACUUCUCAUUUUAAUCAGCUAUGAAAUUAUUAUUAUUAUUAUUAUUAUUAACAAUUAUAAUAUUAAAAUCAUUAAUAA